CGCCCUUAUACUUAUACUUCCCUUCCAACCAAAAUUUUUUAUUACCGACUCAUCCGCCAUCAGCUAUGACUCUUACCGUAAAUUCGUUCGUUCCUUCUUCCUCUGUAAGGAGAACGCCCCGAUCGGCAAAACCCGGAGUGCCACCGGAACCGUACAACAGGGCCAGAACGAAAGUCACGCGGACGGGAGGAAACGGCCUCGCCCGAUUGAAUUCGUCAGAUUCAGGUUCGGGUUUGGGUCCGGCCAGUGAAAGACUUGCCUUUGUAAUUGUGAUCGUUUGCACUGCCUCGUACACAGCACCUUGAAUCUAGGUGGGAUGGGGAUGUAUGAUGUAAGUAGUAUCCGUUGGAUGGGUGUCUGGGGCGAGUGUCGAUCGGGGAGGUGGUAUUUUAAUGUAUGUAUUACCGUAUUGGCGUUGAUGCUGCACAGGAUUUACCAGUAGAUGAUAUUGGUAUUUGGGUGUCUUUUCUCGAGAUUCUUUAAAGACUAUGAGGAACAUAUUACCAUGUACAAGGCCAAUCAAUUGUAUACAACGAGGCAGUAUCCGAAGAACCAUAAGUACCAGACAGUACCUACCUUAAAAAGUAGUACGAUAGCUCGUUGUAGCUCGUUGUAAUGCGCUCAUUUAGCCCAUAUCAUCCAUCCACCAUGACGCAGGACAAGGAAUGUC